AUUAUACAACGGCGGCUUCUCCAUCACCUUCGCGGGUUCUGUUACGUUCGCCGUCGUCGGAACACUCUGAGCUUCAUUGGAAGGGAUUUGUCCAUUAUUGUUCGGCUGCAAAGCCACUGUCGGGAUUCCUUCUUCCCUGUUUCUACGACUCUUCGUUAGAUCGAAAUGGCUUGUAUUCAAUAUGGUAAAAAUGCACUCCAGAGAAUUAUUAAAGACACUAGGCUUCAUCCUUCUGAUCGAAUGAUGCAGCCAUUGCUAUUCUCGAGUCAGGGAGUUAGACAUAGGAAGUUGGAAGUUAUUCUGACAACAAGCAUAGAAAAGCUUGGGAAGGCCGGUGAGACAGUUAAGGUUGCCCCGGGAUACUUCCGAAACCAUCUUAUGCCCAAGUUGCUGGCUGUUCCAAAUAUUGACAAGUAUGCUUAUCUCAUCAAGGAGCAGCGCAGGAUUUACCAACCAGUUGAGGAAGAGGUCGUUAAGGUUGUGACCGUGACGAAGGAGGAUAAGAUGAAAGAAUAUGAGAAGGCAGCAAAACGCCUGGAUAGUACUCAGCUGGUUUUGAGGAGGUUAAUUGACAAGGAAAAGUUCCGUACUCGUGCCACAAAAGAUGAGCCCUUGGCCUUGCAAUCUUCUGUGACGGUAGACGACCUUGUUGCUGAGGUGGCACGGCAACUUUCUAUUCAAAUUAUGCCUGAAAAUGUACAUUUGCCAGCCCCCUUGCCAACAUGUGGUGAAUAUGAAGUACCACUGCGCUUUCCAAAGUCGAUCCCAUUGCCCGAAGGAAAGAUCUACUGGUCCCUGAAAGUUAAAGUCCGUAGUAAAUAAAAAAUGGGAAACAGCAUGCUCGUUCAUAAUGAUGCCAGUGGUUUUGGUUUCUUAAGAUCGUUAGGCCUCUGGUUAUUUUGAGGAUUUAUUUUUUGUGCUUUAAUGUUAGCUGUUUGCUGGUUUCUCAAGUUAUUGAAUUGAAUUUGUUUGCAAGACUAUACAAUGGAUUCACAUUAUGAUGAGACAAAAGAAUCAAAUGCUGAAUGGCCAUGGCAUGAGAAGCUUGUGUUCAAAGAGUACACUAUUUUACUCUUUUC